UCAUAUAGUCUCCGCUGCUGAAGAGAGCAGCUCGUGCUUCGGCUCGGUGUGUGAGUCUCUUAGUCUGGUGUCUCGGCAGCUCAGAUCGCGUUUGUCAGAGAUGCUCGUGUUUUAGACGCAGCCAGCAUCAGUUUCCGUCGCGCUGAAAGGAAUGAGAGCAGAGCAUCAAUGUUUCACUGGGGCAAGUGGAAGAAGAGGAUGGGAGCGAACAGUUCAUCCAAGAGACCAGUGUUCGACGACAAAGAGGAUGUGAACUUCGAUCACUUCCAGAUUCUGCGGGCCAUCGGGAAAGGGAGCUUCGGGAAGGUGUGCAUCGUGCAGAAGAGGGACACGGAGAAGAUGUACGCCAUGAAGUACAUGAACAAGCAGCAGUGCAUCGAGCGGGACGAGGUCCGGAACGUCUUUAGAGAGCUUGAGAUCCUUCAGGAGAUUGAACAUGUGUUUUUAGUAAACCUCUGGUACUCGUUCCAGGAUGAGGAGGACAUGUUCAUGGUGGUGGAUCUGCUGUUAGGAGGAGAUCUGCGCUAUCAUCUGCAGCAGAACGUACAGUUCUCAGAGGACGCUGUCAAACUCUACCUGUGUGAGAUGACGCUGGCGCUCGACUACCUGCAGAGCCAGCACAUCAUACACAGGGACAUCAAACCGGACAACAUCCUCCUGGACGAGCAAGGUCACGCGCAUUUAACAGACUUUAACAUCGCUACCAUAAUCAAGGACGGCGAACGAGCCACGGCGUUAGCGGGUACAAAGCCUUACAUGGCUCCAGAGAUCUUCCAGUCGUUCAUGAGCGGGGGAACCGGUUAUGCCUUUGAGGUGGACUGGUGGUCACUGGGCGUGACGAUCUUUGAGGUUCUGCGAAGCUGGAGGCCGUACGACAUCCACGCCAGUAACUCGGUGGAGUCUCUGCUGCAGUUGUUCAGUACGGUCAGUGUGCAGUACAGCUCCUCCUGGAACAAAGACCUGGUCUCGCUGCUCAGGAAGUUAUUGACGGUAAACCCAGAGCAUCGCUUCUCUAGUCUGGCUCAAAUGCAGACAGCACCCUACCUCUCCGAUGUCAACUGGGACGACGUUUAUGAGAAGAAGAUGGAGCCCGGCUUUGUUCCCAAUAAGGGUCGCCUGCACUGCGAUCCCACCUUUGAACUGGAGGAGAUGAUUCUGGAGUCCCGUCCCCUUCAUAAGAAGAAGAAGCGACUGGCAAAAAACAGAUCGAGAGACAACAGCAAAGAUUCUCAGUCUGAGAACGACUAUCUUCAGGAGUGCCUUGAAGUCGUCCAGCAAGAGUUCAUGAUUUUCAACCGUGAAAAGUCGAAGCGUCGGCAGGAGGAGGGCUGUAUGGGAGCAGAUGGAGACGCCGAUCCAGACGGAGAUGGAGACGGAGAUGAGGCCGAGGGAGGAACGGAGGACGAAGAGACGGAGGCCGAACCCGAGGCCGAACCAGAGGCCUCCAAACUGAGCAUGUGUGGCUCGGUCUGCUCAUCUCCAGGAAGCUGCUAGCGCCCCCUGCUGUCUCGGAGCUGCUCACCGCGCCUUUAAAAGCCCUCGUGAUCCGAGCCGUGAGUGAGCCGCAUGGCUUCUUUCGUCUCUGUCGCUCCUAGAGUAAGUUUGAACUUCUAUGCAACGUAACUCUUCAGCAUGAUGUAAAAUAGAGAUUUUAGAGGCAAUUGUAAGACUGUUCGCUUGAGUAUGACGACGCCACAUGAAACACGCCAGACGAUGGAGAUCUUCAUGAUGAAUCCACACGCAUCAAGCUCCUUGAUGAGCAACUGAUAACUGACUUAAUUGUGUUUGUAUGUUUACAUGUGUGACUUCUUAUGGAUCAUGGAAGCAUCUGGUGCCUCUUGAAUUCAGGACAGAGUUUCCUGCUUUCAUGUGCUGCUAGAAGUCAAAUUGCAGGACUAAUAUUUGUUAUUAAAAAAAUAUGAUCUUAAACACUUUUCAAAGCCGCCUAAGUAUUAGAAAUGAAGCAGAUGUUGUUCUUCCUCUAAAAAGUAUUUAAUGGACUGUUUACGGAGUAUUUAUUUUUGUGUGUUGUUUUCCAAUACAAAUGUCAGACGAUUCGUAAAUCGAGAUAAAUUUGGAGAAGCAAAAAGAUAUCAUCAGAUAUGAAGUCUUCUUUUCUGUAAAAUGGUUCAAGAUUAAGUUGUGGGUGUUGCCGAGUCGUUUGAGACGUUUGACUUCCUCCAGCACUUUAAAGCAGAAAAUCCUCUGUCGAAUCAGAUCUAGAGAGUCGUUUGUUUUGUU